UUUUUUUUUCUCUUUUACAUUUGUUUAAAAUCAAACUUUCGAUUGCACAAUACUAAAAUAUUCAUUGUUUCAAUUUCACUUGCCAUUUACAUUGUAAAGCGUCCCGUUUCCUUGUUUAAAUCCCCGCAAUCCUCAAACCUUUGGCAUACCACAUCAUCAGUUUCCGGAAACCAAGCAUAUCACAUGAAGUAAUGUAAAAUGAUGUAACAUACUGGGUAUGAUUCAACACUCUAUAUGAAAGUUUAAUCAACAAGGUAUAAAAUUCAAUACAAUUUUAAAAAAAUCAAAAUAUAACUCCAGAAUUCGUACACUGUGGUUUCACAAUUAUCAAGAGACAUCGAACUCUUUCCUCACAGUCAUAGCAAAUUUUUUUUAAUGAGAUAAAUGUUUUGAAUUACUUCAACACAUAAUCAUAACGUCAAUAUUCACCAUAAAGCUGUUUAUUGUAUACAAACUAGCAACGAAUGGCGACGAAAUGAUUCAUUAAAUUUUGAUAAUCUCUUGCUUGUAAAUACGAUAAGAAUUGAUCGCGGAGUCGAACGUUUAAUCAAUAAGUUUACCUGUCAAAUUGUUGCACCAAACAGUGUCACCAUCGAUACAUCUCCGUCCCAAGAUGUGCUGAAAUUGCGAAAGUGUCUCCAUUUUGUCAUUAGAAACAUAACGGGUUUGAUUGGAAUUACAAAAUGAAAUAUUUCAAACGGCAAAACAGAAGGAGGUAAAUAGUUGGAGGUCAUAUAUGGACUUAUGUCACGCUCCAUCCCCAUAGAUAAUGCACAAUUUGGAUCCAGGAACCGCUGUCCUCUACUUGAUACCUACAAUUUCUAUUUUCCUGACGAUGACGAUAUUUCUUAGCUUCUCCUUUUGGAGAUAUCGCAUGAAGAAGGAGAAAGCUCGACAGUCCCAGCGAGACUACUUGGAUUUGGAUUUCGCUAUGGAACGCCCACGAAUCGGUGCUCUUAGUUGCCAGACCCAUGGACACCACUGGACGGAUCUUAUGCAGAGCUUUUCAGCCAGCCAAAUAAGAAACAUAAUAAUGAGAGAGUUUAAUGCGGAUCGCCGAAAACAGUUUGAGACUCUUAAGGAAGAAUAUGAGAAUUCGUCGGGAUCUGAGAAAAACAUAUUUUCUUUACAAGUUGACCCAGCACAAUCUGGGUCAUCCAGAAAGCGAAGAGAUGGUACAUCGUCUAAAUGCUACCAAGAAUCUCAAGGUUAUCUCUCCCAGAACCAACCCUCAAAUUCAUCUAGUGCACAAAUGAAUUAUAGCGAACACAAUGCAACAGAGAAAAAUAGAUUUGAAAAUUUUUAUUACGACGAAAAUUUUACUGUCCCAAAUCAAAAGAAGAAAAAGUCCGAGAGAAAAACCAGGAAGAAAAAAAGAAGAAAAUUACUCAGUUUCGACUCAAGAAGAGAAGAAAAGGACGACGAAUUCAUAAGUCAGUUAAAGAUUUCCAAUGACAGAGUCAAUACACCUGUGUCUUUGAGUCCAGUUCAUUGUGAUAAAAAACAAUUCAUACAAAAGCCGCUGUUUACAGUGGACAUUGGCAGUAUUUCUGAAGAGAAGAGGAACGAAGCUACAUGUACCUAUAUUUCCGAAGGAGUAAAUCCAAGCUAUCCGCUUGGACCUAUGGAUAAUAAUCAGUGUCAAUUUUCCAACACGUGGAAGACACAACGAUCCUAUGAUAACAAGGAUAUUCAAUACGAAGGAGUAAAAAUUGCAGAAGAUUGCCAGAGAAAUUUGCCCGAAGAAAAAUCAACGGAAAGGUUGUUUUGGUUGAGGACUGAUGAUGUUGCCCAGACCCCUCUUUAGCUAUACAGCUAUCGUCCGUCCAUAUUCCACAUGUCUGUGAUGCUUAAAACUUAUUACAAUAUUGACCAAAUCCUGGAAGUUGUCAGUUGAUGAUAUAGUAUUACACUGCGUUGAUUUGUUAUAUUGUAUGUAUUAAUCGAAGUUUGUUUGUCUGUGAUAUUUAUGUACAUGUACUUGUAGCCAGCCGAGUUAAAAUCUACAAGGUUCAGAUUUAUGGGACAUUAAAUUAACAUAUACUCAAAUAAUUAUAGGUAUUACUAAUUAUUUGAAAACAUCUUCAAUUGAAUCAAUGCCUGCAUGAAUUCCAUUACUGAUGUCAUUAAAUGAAUUAUACACAUCUUAAAGGAAUGUACUAAUGCAUGUAAUGACUCAAUUAAUGAUAGUAUCAAUUAUCUAAUUCUGUUGAGUGUACCCGUAAUUAAGAGAGAGCUAGAGAGAGCAAAACAAUUUCUAAUGAUCUCUGACUUAUAAAGAUAUUUUCAUUCAAUUGUCGCGCUCAAUGAUUCAAUCACGGGGUAUGGGUUAAUUUGGUCUUUUACACAGUACGUGAUAAAAGAGCAGUGGAUUUUUAAUAAAAACCAAAAUGAAAACCGCUGUGUUUCAAUUCACAAUUUCACUUUAUUCACUCAAGCCACUUGUACACAAUUGCCCAUGAAUCACAAUAAAGAUUAAAAAAUAAAAGUAAUGAGAUAUAAAAGUAAAAAUAAUAGGGUACAUGUAGGCAGCUACGUACGUUAGGGGUACAGACUAAAUCUUAGAGUUUAAGAACAUGCAUGCAUUGUUUCUUUAAAAGUGAUUUCACAUCAGUUUUUGACAUCAGAUCAAUUUUCCUUAGGUACAGAUACAUGGUAAAAAUUAGAAAAUUCUAUUACGUUCAACUCAUGGAAAUAUUUUUAGUUCAAAUAGUUUAUAUAUAUAUAUAUAUAUAUAUAUAUAUAUAUAUAUAUA